CGCAAGUUUGGCGGGCAGCGGUUCACCGAUUGGCGGGUCUUCGCUCCUGUAGUUAAUGGUCGUCGUAGCCGUCCGUGUAGCAUCAGCUCGAGAUUUUUCUUAAAAAACGAGGUCUUGCGCGAGUUGGUUGUGCAAAACCAGUUGCCGAGCUGUCCAUAAGGUUCAGAGAUCGAGAAACGACACUCAUAUAAUAGACUAAAAGAUGAGUUCAAGCGUGUGCUACAAGUGUAACCGGAUGGGCCAUUUCGCACGAGAAUGUCCGCAAGGCGGAGCCGGAGGAGGCGGCCGAGGAGAUCGUGACCGUGACCGUGACGGUGGUUUCGGACGGAAUCGUGGUGAGAAGUGCUUUAAGUGUAACCGAUAUGGUCACUUUGCACGUGAUUGUAAGGAAGAUCAAGACCUGUGCUACCGUUGUAACGGAGUUGGGCAUAUCGCGAAGGACUGCCAGCAGGUAGGAUCAAACGUUCCUGAAUUGAGCUGUUACAACUGUAACAAGACUGGGCACAUUGCUCGCAGUUGCCCCGAGGGUAACGACUCUGGCCGAUUCUCCGGACAGAGCUGCUACAAUUGCAACAAGACGGGCCACAUCGCUCGGAACUGCCAGGAAUCUGGUGGUAAAACUUGUUACGUAUGCGGCAAGACGGGCCACAUAAGCCGCGAAUGCGACCAGGAUGAUAGGAAGUAGGAAACAACCGAAACCUCACAAAACAAUACACAUUUAUUAUUGAUUGAUUGAUUGAUUGAUCGUUGGGGAUAGUAAUUAGAGUAGCGUUUUAAUCGCUCCAAGUAUCGUACCAAGAUCAUUCAAAAAACUCCCCCUGCCCUCCCCUCCGCCCACCGUUGUUUCUUCGCAAGGGUUUCUUAAAAUCUUUAAGUUUUUAUCGCUGUUAAUGCCACCACUAUAAACUAUAACAAUAUACUGGAGAUAAUACGAAUGAAUCAUCGCGUAGACGCCAUCCUCCCUUUUCAAUAUCUUAUGUCCACAUAAUUUAGCGGUGCAAGAUGUAUAGUUUUAUCCAUGAAAUCUUUUUCCUGAGACAUUGCAAGUAAUUUUAAUGUCUCUCACAAUCGCGUACGAACUAUUUGGAUUUUUUAACUUCUACAUUGUUUCAUUUACUAUACACACGUACCAAUUGAACUGUUGUUUCGAACAAUGUUCAUCUUUAACAAUUUACCAAGUUUGCCCAGGUUGAUCGACUAUGAGACAGUUAUAUCCCAGUGCUUCAUUAUUCUAUUACUAUACGUUGUGUGUCGGAUGAUUGAUCCGAAUUGCAUUUG